AUGGCGGCACGAGUCGAUCGCAUCCGCAAUGUAGGAGGCGCCGAUAAAUCCGCCUACACCUACUAUCCCGUCCUGAUCGUGGGAGCCGGUGAGUCCGGCAUUGCCAUGGGAUGUCGACUACGGCAGGUCUUGGGGUUUGAUCAGUUCCGAAUCUUCGAAAGAAGAUCGGCGUUGGGAGGCACCUGGUAUACGAAUCAAUAUCCCGGCAUUGCUUGUGAUGUACCGGCAAUCUUAUACUCAUACUCGUUCGCCCAGAACCCCAACUGGACGACCCUGUUCCCCUCCGGCAAGGAAAUUGUGCAAUAUCUGUACGACGUGUGCGAGAAGUUCGAGAUCCUCGACAAGAUCCAGUACGACACUUCAGUCAAGAGCGUGCGCUGGCUCGACGACGAAGAAGAAUGGGAGGUUACUCUGGAACACCUUGCGCCCGGCGUCGGCGACCUGUCGACCUCGGAACGAUUGGCACGGGAAAACGAAGCCGGCGUCGAAAGCACAGUGCUGCGCACCGAAACGGUACGGGCCAAAGUGGUAGUCAGCGCCGUCGGCGGCCUGGUCGAGCCCAAACCUCCCCUCCAAGUGCCCGGCAUUGAAACGUUCGAAGGCGAAAUCGUCCACACGGCGCGCUGGAAGCCGGUCCUCGACCUGCACGACAAAGAAGUCAUCGUGAUCGGCACGGGCUGCAGCGGCGGCCAAGUCGUGCCGCAACUGAUCAAACCCGAAUACGGCGCGAAACACGUCACGCAACUGAUGCGGUCUCCGCCAUGGGCGGUGGAACCUCUGCCGCCGUCCGCGCGGGAAUUCCACGCGAAAUGGAUCCCAUGGCUGUGCCAACGGGUGCCAGGGUUCCAAAACGCACUGCGCAAAUUCGUCUUCAGCAUGAUGGAGCUCGAAUACGUCAGUCUGUUCUCGCCGAGCGAGGCGGCGCGGGCGCGGCGGCAGAAAAAGGCCGAAGAACUGCUCUCGUACCUACGCAAGAAGGUGCCCGCAAAAUACCACGAGAUCCUGACGCCGGACUACGAGGUGUUCUGCAAACGGCGCGUCGUCGACGAAGGCUGGUUCGCCAGCCUGCAAGACCCGCGCGUCGAACUGACCACGCUCCCCCUGACAGCGGUGCAGGCCCGCUCCGUGACUCUCGGCCCCGGACGGCACUAUCCGCCCAUGUCGAAGAGCGACUCUGCGGCGCCGACCGAGGCGCGCACCAUCCCGGCCGACGUGAUCGUCAUGGCCAACGGCUACGAAACCAACCAGUGGCUGCACCCGCUCGACGUGACCGGCCGCGCGGGCCGCAGCCUGUACGGGACGUGGGACGAGCGCGGCGGCGCCCAGGCGUACCUGGGCACCGCGAUGGACGGGUUCCCCAACUUCUUCAUCAUCUUCGGCCCCAACACGGCGACGGGCCACAGCAGCGUCAUCCUCGCCUCGGAGAACAUGGUCAACUACUCGCUGAACUUCAUUGCCCCCGUCCUGCGCGGCGACGUCGCCACCUUCGAGGUCAAGGAGUCCGCCGAGCGCAAGUGGACCGCCGACGUCCAGGCCGCGCUGAAGAACAGCGUCUUCCUCUCCGGCGGCUGUCGCUCGUGGUACAAUAGUCCCUCUGGCUGGAACGCUACCGUCUACCCGUGGACCCAGGUCGAUUUUACACUCCGAUGCUGGUUCCCCCGCUGGAGCCACUGGUCUGCCAAAUAUACCCGCAAAGGCCUGCUCAAGUUGCGUCUGGCCAGGUCGUUCAAGUUGCUGGGCUUGGUCGUGGCUGUUUGGGGCGUCGUCUUUGCCGCGAGGCAUGGGAGGGAUCGCUUGAGAGAGGUGGUCUUGCAGCUUUUGCGGCGUAGUGUCGAUGGAGUCAGGAGUGUCGUUGCUAGAGCCGGGAUUUGA